AUGGAGUAUCUGUCGAGCCAACAAGAUGGCUUCGAUGAGCUGAAGCCGUCGCUGUUCGAGCUCCUCUCCGAACAGCAACUGUCCGCCUUGCUCCCGCCCUCUCUCCGAUACCUACUCGCCGUCGCAACACAUAGGCACCCACGAUACCUGCUGCCUAUCCUCAAUUCGUUCGAUGAAGUGUACGCGCUGCUGUCGCUGCUGGUCGAGCGGCAUUUCCUGCGCACAUACGGCGGUGGGUUCACCGAGAACUUCUACGGCCUGAAAAGGGAGCGCGUGUUACGCGUCAAGGGCGGAGAGGUGCAUCGUGCGCAGCUGGGCGCCGCCGACCAGGUACGCGAGACGCUGAAGCUGCGCAAUGCCGAUGUCUGGCGCAACCUGGCGGUCAUGGUCGGCCUACCGUGGCUAAAGCGAAAGCUGGACGAGGGCUGGGACAUCCACGCCGCGCAUCAAAGCGUGCUGCAGGGCGCGCCUGGCUUCGGACGAGAGCGGGACGGGUUGCCCGAGGGCGCAACCCUAAAGCAGCGCAUCAUCUUUUACUACAAAUGGUUUUUACGGAAAGUGUAUCCGAGCGUCAAUGCGGCCUACUAUUUCGCGCUGCUGGCCUGGAACUUGGCCUACCUUUUUGACGGAUCCAAGUACCACAGCCCAUUCAUGUGGCUGGUGGGUACGCGCAUCCGCCGUCUCAACGCCGCCGACCACCGCGCCAUCGAGCUCGCCACGAACCCACCCGCCCGUACGCCCACCCCCGGCGCAAGGCCCGGCCAGCAAAACAGCAUCCUCAACCCGCGGACUCUCGCACAGACCGUUUCCCAACGCGCGCUGAGCUCCCUCCGCAUCCUUCUCCCUACCUCCAUCUUCGCCCUCAAGUUCCUCGAGUGGUGGCACGCCUCCGACUUCGCGCGCCAACUGUCCCGCCAGACGGCUGCGGACCUCGAGCUACCGCCACCAAUUGUCGGCGGGCUUCCCGUGCUCCCCAAACCCCAAGCUUCUUCUAAGACGCCUCCGGCUACGCCGUCCAAGCCCUCGGCGCUGAAGCAGGAGAAGCCGCCGCCGAAGCCGUCACCGCCCAUUUCUUCCACCACCCUACUGCCCAUACUCACCGUCCCUGCCCCGGAAAAUUCCGCACUCUGCCCCAUUUGCGUAUCGCCCAUCCAGACGCCGACAGCGAGCCCCUACGGUUUGGUGUAUUGUUACGCCUGCAUACACCGAUGGGUUGAAGGGACGCACGAACGGCAAGCAGCCUUCAUGGAGGGCAACAAGGCAUUCACGAAUAGUGAUGGUGAGGAGGUGGGAGUCGUAGGGCAGGACGAUGGCGCGUGGGUGGAGGAAGAAGGGAGUAGGGAAGAUCUGUGGGACGUAUUGUAUCGAGGCGAGGCAAGUGGCAGUAAUGCCCAGGAUAUUGGCCCACAGCUGGAGGCUGUGCGGAUAGCGGGCAAGGAGGACGACAGACACAAGGAAGACGACAAAGAAGUGGAUGAUGGAAAGGCCAACGACCAAAAGCGCCUGCUGGAAAGUGUAUCGGCUAUGGUGUUCUUCGCCUUGACCCUCCGGAGGAGUGAUGUCUUCGCGUGGAAAGAAGACGAGAAAGAGCAGCAUGCUACUGACGGUUAG